CUCAAGGAGCCCCUAGCAACCUCUGGAGGAACCCUCAAGGAACACCUAGCAACCUCAGGAAGAACCCUCAACAAACCCCUUACAACCUCUAGAGGAACCCUCAAGGAACCUCUAGCAACCUCUGGAGGAACCCUCAAGGAACACCUAGCAACCUCAGGAAGAACCCUGAACAAACCCAUUACAACCUCCUUUCAGAAAUUGCUCAAGGAACCCCUAGCAACCUCUGGAGGAACCUCUAGCAACCUCUGGAGGAACCCUCAAGGAACACCUAGCAACCUCAGGAAGAACCCU